UUGGAAAAUAAAGAAGCGCUAGCUGUAACAACUGAUUUUGGAUAUGUUGCGAUUGCUACACAAACCAAAAUUCAUAUAUUUAAUAAUGAUGUCAAUCGUGAGUUUUUAAAAAUCCCAAGAAUUCUGGAGCCUUAUGAAUCCUCCUGAAGGCUCAUAAAACCUUCUAAAGUCUUCUGAAUCCUUUUAUGAAUUGCAGGUCGAACAGCAGGAAUCAUUCAACUUGACUACAGAGCUCGUCAAAAAUUUCUAGAAUUUAAAAUGUUUUCAAAAUCCGAAAUUUUCUAUUGUGACGAAGCACAAUGUGGACUUUGUACAUAUUCGGAAAAUAAAUCAUCAUGCUCAAAAAUUCAAAUAUAUGGCGAAGAAAUUCUGGACCUUCAAAGUGCUUCGGUCAUCAAAAUCGAUGGUUCCGAGCAAAUGCUGUUGAGCCUGACGUUUUUGGAUUCGGAAAGUAAUGUGGUUCGACUAGCGUUUUUCAAAUAUCCCGCACAAGAUAAUGGGUUAGUUUUUGAGAUCUAUCUAGAAAUCUGAAACCUUUUUCUGCAGAAGUUUGCAAGCUAUUGCUCAAGCCUGGGAGCCACCAAAUAUGCGAAAUCCAUCAGCAAUUCAAAGUUUCCAAAAAUCCGGAUUUGUUUAUUUUAUCGUAUCAACUACCCAGUCUUUUGAGCCAGAUCAUGUGCUUUCAACUGUUCGAACUGAUUUCGAGGUGACUGUCACAAAAGUGGUUCGAAUUUGUGCCAAUGACAAGACAGAUGAUUUAGCAUCUAAGAUUGCUGUGCUUGUUGGAUGUGAUCAAGAAUGUACGGUAGUUUUUCUAGGCUCUCUAUCUCUGAUCGCAAUUUUUUCCAGAUCGAAACAUCUAUAGCCAAGGUGAAGCUGCAUUUUUCGACACAAAAUCGGAAAAUUUGGACAUUAUAAUGCAUUCAGAACAUGUCAAAAAUCACACAAUGUGCAGAUUCAAAUUGUCAAAUAUUUCCAAAAGAAUGGAAAAGACUUGGGAAAUUUGCCAAAAAACUGAUUUUAAGUCUAUUUAUGUAGGUUUUUAAUAUUUUUUGCUGAAAAAUUUCAGAUAAAUCAACAAUUUUUCUGUAGGACGUGAAAAAAAGCUUGCAAAUUUCAUAA